UGGAGAAUAUGGACGACCACAAGGUGCACUCGCUCGUGAGCCUGGUCGGCAUGCAGAACGGCGUGUUCUACGGCCCGCAACCGGAAGACUUUGAUGAUCAACGUGCUUGGCCCCAGCCUGCUGACGAAGGACGUAAUGGACUUCUCCAAGUACACGGUGGCCGACUGGCGUGGCAAGAUUCAGUAUGACCUCGCUGUCCUGGGCGCGGAUCAGACGAUGCAGGCCACGUAC